AUGUCACAUAUUGAUAUAGAUUACGCCCACUUAAUCAUCUCUAUAGUUGCAGUAUUUGUCUCACUUUUGAAUAAUAUUCUCAGUCUCGAACUAUUCAUUGGCUGCAGUCGAGUUCGUCGUACGAACUGUGGCAUCUAUUUAAUCGUUUAUUCAAUUCUAUCAAUUCUAUCAAAUAUUUCAUUUUUAGUGGAUGAAAGCCUUCGGUACUAUCAAGAUAAAGUACCGAACAGCGAUCUUAGCAAUUUUCCUGGCUACGGUUGUUACUUCGGUAAAAUAGGUUACAAUGCACUUGUCUAUGGAUGUAUAUGGCUUAAUGCGUGUAUUGCAUUCGAACGUGGUUUAAUCGUAUGUUUGGAUAGUAAAACAAAUGCGACUCGGUGGCGAUCGAUUUGCACCAUUACAGUUUUCUCAGUCAUAGCUACUGGUUCUGCUAUACCAAUGAUGGUGUACAAUUGUGACUUUGGUAAUAUACCGGGUUUACAGACUGCGCGGCUGUUUUUAGUUUGGUUUAGCAUUGUCACCGGCCUAUCAAUAUAUGUACUCGCAACCUUGUUAAUUUUAAUUAGUUUUGCACGCCGUAUACGUCAAUACGGAACGGAGGAUGGGUCAUUCAUAAAAAACAUAUCUUAA